AUUUUAUCUCUCCGGUCCGACUAGUGUCAAUCAAAAUAAACACGCGAAGAUUUGUCUCCCUUCCCGAUCCGAUUAAGCUCUCCGCCUCGCCGCCGCCUACGCAUCCUCGUCUCUUAUAUUCGCCGGCGACGCAGAUCCCUACUCGAUUGGCUCUGCCUGCUCCCACAGUCCAUCUUCUCCGCGCUCCUGGCGCCCUUCCGGUUCGCCGCCCACCGUAGCUAGCAGCUGCGCGAGCGCGCGCGACAGAGAGGAUGCCUAAGCGGACGACCCACACCUACUCCAGCGAGGACGCGCUGCCGGAGGGCCCUGAGUCCGACCUCUUCGUCUACUACUGCAAGCACUGCGCCUCCCACGUCCUCAUCACCGAUACCCUAUUGCAGAAAAUGCCAAAGCGGAAGACUGAUGGAGCACAUGUUCUAGACAAGUCAAAGCAUCUCUCAAGGCUAAAUGUGAAGGAUGCAGGGAAAGUCAUGUUGAAACGUGGAGAAGGAAAGCUUGAGAAGCAGUUCCGCAUGACCUGUGUUGGAUGCGACCUUUUUGUUUGCUAUCGAUCGGGGGAGGAUUUGGAGCUUGCUCCUUUCAUAUAUGUUGUUGAUGGAGCACUGAGUUCAGUGGCGGCUGAGACAAAUCCACAUGAUGCUCCUGUACCGCCUUGCAUCACACAGUUGCAAGGUGGACUUGUCCAAGUUGCCAUUGAAGUAGAAGACCGGGCACAACGUUCAGCAAUCACAAGAGUGAAUGCUGAUGAUGUCCGAGUAGCAGUAGCUGCCCCUGCUGCUCGCGGAGAGGCUAACAACGAGCUACUAGAAUUUAUGGGAAAGGUGCUUGGCCUAAGGUUGAGUCAGAUGACCCUUCAAAGGGGGUGGAAUAAUAAAUCAAAGCUUCUGAUUGUUGAGGAUUUGUCUGCGCGGCAAGUUUAUGAGAAGCUCCUAGAAGCUGUCCUACCUUAGAAUACCUACUUGGAUCGGCUUCAGUAUACUCUUAUCUGGAGGAAAAGGACCCAAGGAUGCCUACUAGACCGGCUGAAGAGAUGUCGGAUGAGGUGUCAAAAGAGCAGAAGCUGCUAAAAGAGUUGAAGGGGUCGACCUAAAGCAAUCAGCCAAUCUCUUCAUUGUUUCUGUUGUAAUCUUAUGCUAUUCAUUAAUAUGAUGGAGAUAUCCAGUGAAGCUAAGCUGUGAGUAGCCCUUCGAGUUGUAAUGCAGACUUCUGCCCAUGUUUGUAAGCGACAUCUGACAUAUAUUUGAGUGUUUGAAACUGAGCUUGGGUGGUGAUUCUCAGGCUCAGUGCCGAACAAAAAUGAUUUCAUGUUC